AACUUUUCUGCGUAGAUGGCGCUGUGGUAGCUCCAUUGACAAAAUAUUUUUGCAAAAGCAAAAUAUUUAUUUCUCCAAAAAUUGGCUGAAUUCCCGUGAAUUUAGUGAUUACUUCCGUGUUCCGGUGAGCAGGGGGAAGUUCUGCCAAGGAUGGGGAAUCAAGUAGGGUUGUAUAUCACGAAACCGGAUACCACGCCAAAUCCCAACAAUGAUCCCAGUUUUGAUCCAAAUCUGGGAUUUAAGAAUGGCCGGAAGGAACGAGUGAUGGUUGCAACGGCAGCUGAGAUGGAAUCUGCAAAAUUAACAGCAGAGGAGCGAGACUACUGUGCUCAUGUUCUACUGAACUAUAGAGCCUGUCGCAGGGAAGAAUGGCCAUGGGUCUACAGGUGCCAUCAUGAGAAACAUGCGUAUCUAACCUGCGAAUACGAAGACUAUGUCCUUAGAAUGAAGGAAUAUGAGCGCGAGAGACGUCUCCUGGAGCGAAAGAAGCGUAUUGAGAAGAAGCAAAGCUUGGAAUUUGCCUAAAAGCUCCAGGAAAGAGAAGAAAGAGAAUUUAGCUAAGAAGUCUUCGUAGAAAAGCCUGCCGGAAGGAGCUUGUAAAUAAAUUAUAUCGAUGAAA